UCGUAACGUACUGAGAAUUAGCUCAGUGUCAUGACUGCACGGCAUUUCUGAGUAGGAAAUUGGGAGUGUAGCCUAUGCAGUAUGGUGUUCAUGUGUAUUGGCAGGGCCUUUCAGAGAUUGACUGUUUCAAAAGGCCGUCUUUCUCUAAAAUUCUUAGUAAAGAUUUUGAGAUUCUCUGUGAUGGUGAAAAUGCUCGUUAUUAUUGUGGUGCAGCUGACUGUGUCGAAUUUCUUUUGUAUUAUGGAGGGCCCUAUUUGCUGGUGCAGCACUUCACCGUAGGACGUCGGACAUUUAGAGAGGCUCCUUAUGUGUACGCUGUAUUGUUGUCGUCCCGUAAUGAGGAAUGCAAUAGAAAAGACAUAAAGUGGUGUUGGCAAGACCAUUUAAAUAGCAAUUUAUUCGGCCUUUUUAAGCAGCAAAAGAACAAAGAUUCAAGAAGUACAGUAUUUUGGGGCAUUCCUAAUUUUUAACAAGAAUUACUUGCGACACUUAAUUUUGUGACAUAUAUGUGUUACGACGUGCCCAGUUGGGACAGCUAUCUGGAA